AUGGCUUCUGGUUCUUUCGACCACACCGCGGUUGAUGCACUCAAUCUUGAUGCUCGGCGCGCUCACAUGAAUGCCUUCUUUAUGCACCUUGGUGUCUGGGACAGUGCCAGGGUCGCGAAGGCUCGCGAGAAGUGCGUUGAGAUGUUUUGCCAGUUACUGGACACCCGGGGACACCUAUCCGUCAACCAUGAGUACUUCGAGUAUGAGGUUGAUGCCCUUGUCUGGUUCAACAUUCUCAAACGCGGGAAGGUUUUGACCGAGGCUACUAAGUGGCCUUGGUCAGAGACCAUACCCGAAAUAGCCGACUCGACGGCCCAAGUCUCUGCGACCUACAGAGAUUGGCUUCGCCGCAAGUGGGAUAUCAAUGGUGAAGGAAAUACUCAAGAGUCCUCCAACUCCGAAGAGCAAAAGGUUUCUGCUGCCCCUGUGGUUGGCGAAUCAUUCAAGGAGGCGAUGCCACGUUUCGGGUGA